GGUAGUUGCACUCUCCAUCCCUGGUUGUUCCACGAAAAAAAUAACAAAUAAUUUUUAUACAAAUUAAUAAGGAUUGUGGGAAAAUGAGCGAGGCUGCGGUAGCUGUAGAGUCGGAGGAGAGGAUGGUGGCCAACAACAAGAUCCACUUCUCAAAGGAGGUGAAGCAGGUCAUCGACAAGGUCCUCAAAACGGAUGAUCCCAUGGAUGCGGCGGACUUUAACACCGUGGACUACAUCAACCAACUGUUUCCCAACGAGCAGUCGCUGGCGGGGAUCGACGAGACCAUCCAGAAGAUGCAGUGCGAGGUGUCGCUCAUCGACGACAACAUCCGAUCCGUGGUCCGUGGCCAGACGAACACCGGCCAGGAUGGACAGCUGGCGCUGUGCGAGGCCCAGAAGGUGAUCAGCUCCCUGUUCAGCCACAUCAUUGACGUGAAGACGCGUGCGGAGCGCACCGAGGAGAUGGUCAAGGAGAUUACGCGGGACAUCAAGCAACUGGACUGCGCCAAGCGAAAUCUCACCGCAGCAAUCACCACGCUGAAUCACCUGCACAUGCUGGUGGGCGGAAUCGACAGUCUGAACAAGCUGAUCGAGCGGCGAUCCUAUGGGGAGAUCCUCAAUCCCCUGCAGGCCAUCACCGAGGUGAACCAGCACUUCCAGCAGUUCUCCGACAUCGAGGAAAUCAAGAAUCUCUCCCAGAGCGUGGACAAGAUACAAGUCACACUGGCGCAGCAAAUCACCGAGGAUUUCAAGGAGGCCUUUGCCGCCAAGCCUUCAUCACAAAACCAACACCGUUUGGGUCUUAACCAACUGGCCGACGCUUGCAAGGUGAUGUCUGUGCUGGAUCCCAAGGUGAAGAAGGAGCUGCUGAAGUGGUUCAUUGCCCAACAGCUAGAGGAGUACACGCACCUGUUCCACGAGAACCAGGAUAUUGCCUGGCUGGACAAGAUCGACAAGCGGUACGCCUGGCUCAAGCGGCAUCUUCUGGACUUCGAGGACAAGUAUGGCCCGGUCUUUCCAUUAGACUGGGAGGUCUCAGAACGGAUUACAGUGGAGUUCUGCCGGCAGACGCGCGAACAGCUGGCACAGAUCAUGUCCAAGCGCACCAACGAGAUCGACGUGCGGCUCCUUUUGUUUGCCAUCAACAAAACGCAGGCUUUUGAGCAGCUGCUCUCAAAGCGUUUCACUGGAGUCACACUAGGAGUAAAACCCGCGGAACAGGCGCGGGUGAUCACAGAACCAUCGGCGACGGAUGCUCCUGUGGGCGUGACCGCCUUCCACGACCAAAUUGGGCAAUGCUUCAAGUCACACUUGGACAUCUACAUACGCAGCAUCGAUCGGAAUCUCGCGGAGCUUAUGGAAAAAUUCGUGGAGAUGUCGCGGGAGCCGUACAAAUUCGCCGAGGCCAAGACCACCGUUUACCCCAGCUCCGGGGAUCUAUUCGUUUUCUACAAGAAGUGCAUGGUGCAGUGCAACCAACUAAGUAACGAACAGCCCUUGUACGAUCUCGCGUUGGUGUUCAAAAAGUAUCUACGCGAGUACGCCUCCAAGGUUCUCGAAGGUAGCACACCUAAAUUAGUGCCCGCCACCACGGGAAGCACUAUCGGCAAGAGCGUCUCGUUGCUCACGCGCGACAUGCAGAACUUGUCCACUGCCGCCGGCCAAGUAUUCCACAACUUCCUCAAGGAGGGCGACACGCAGCGCUUCUCAAGGGACGACCUGGUGCGCAUCUGUUGCGUCCUGACCACCGGUGAGUACUGUCUGGAGACUGUCCAGCAACUGGAGGAUAAGCUAAAAGAGAAGGUGACUUCAGCUUAUGUGAGCAAAAUUGACAUGAGCGAGGAAAAGGAUGUGUUUCAUCGCAUUAUAUCCAACUGCAUCCAGCUCUUGGUACAGGACUUGGAGGCAGGCUGCGAGGCCUCGCUGCAGGCGAUGGCCAAGGUGCAGUGGCAGCACAUCAACAACGUGGGCGAUCAAAGCGCAUUUAUCAGCAGCCUCUGCGGCAACUUCAAGCAGACAGUGCCCACCAUCAGAGACACGCUGGCCAGUUCGCGCAAAUACUUUACCCAGUUCUGCCACCGCUUCGUGGCCGCCUUCAUACCAAAGUUCAUCAACGUGCUGUACCGCUGCAAACUUACUCUCUCGGAUGGAUCCAAUAAUGUGCUGGGCUGCGAGCAGCUUCUGUUGGACACCCAUUCGCUGAAGACUGCUCUUUUAGAGCUGCCUUCAGUGGGAUCGAGUGUGAACCGCAAGGCGCCGACCAGCUACACCAAGGUGGUAGUCAAGGACAUGACACGGGCCGAGAUGAUCAUCAAGGUGGUGAUGACGCCAGUCCAGCCGCCGGCGCACUUUACCCAGCAGGUUCUGAAACUGCUUCCCGACAUCACCAUUGCGGAGUAUCAGAAGAUUCUGGACAUGAAGGCUGUGAAGCGGGUGGAUCAGCUGCAGCUUAUCGAUCUUUUCAAGCACACGGCUUCGGCAGCGGCGGUUAGUGGCUUAAUAGAGGCAACGCCUGGAGAUGAUGAAGUUCAAGGAGCAGAACCGGCUACCGCCACUUUAGAAACCCAUGACGAUGCCGAAACUUUGACAGGAGCAACGGAAUCCUCGGCAACAACGACUGCAUCCACUUCCACACCUAAGAGAGCCUUCAUCUUCAGCGUCGGCAGCUUUACGGGCAGUGCGGACAAAAAUGCCGAUGGCAGUUCCCAAACGGGCAUCAGGAAACUGGAGAAUCUACUGAAGAAGCGCUUCCCAUAGACCACAAAUCUAUUUUUCUUCAGAAAUCAUUCCAUUGAAUUUAGUUUGACAAUAUUCGUUAAUGCUUUUUUGAUUAAUUUAUAGAGCCUUGUCCGGUGUAAUUGGAGUAAUUAGAUUGGUAGAGAAAAAUGACACUUUUAGUUUUGUAGUUAAGAUCUGUAUUAUUUGCAAACCAUCCAAUCCGUCUUUUGUUUAACAAAAAGUUUAAUAAAUGUUUUAUUUCCACGAACCCUGAAUUUUCAC